GAAGAUUCACAUCCGGUUAUGCAGUACAACAUGGCAAAUAGGAAAACUAGCAAAAGCCGAGAAAACAGUGAUAAGUAUUCCGUGUUGUUGCCGACGUAUAAUGAAAGAGAAAAUCUGCCCUUGAUAGUGUGGCUGCUGGUGAAGUACUUUGGAGAAAGUGGCUAUGACUACGAGAUCAUCGUUAUCGAUGACGGGAGCCCAGAUGGGACGCUGGAAGUGGCAGAGCAGCUGCAGAACAUUUAUGGUGCAGAUAAGAUCGUUCUUCGUCCGAGGGAAAAGAAGCUGGGGUUGGGAACUGCUUAUGUCCAUGGUAUCAAACAUGCCACUGGGAACUUUGUAAUCAUCAUGGAUGCUGAUCUCUCUCACCAUCCCAAGUUCAUUCCUGAAUUUAUUCAGAAACAAAGGGAAGGAGGGUUUGACCUGGUGUCCGGCACUCGAUACAGUGGCAAAGGAGGAGUGUAUGGCUGGGACCUGCACAGAAAACUCAUUAGCCGAGGAGCCAACUUUCUCACUCAAGUCCUGCUGAGGCCAGGUGCGUCAGACCUGACUGGCAGUUUCAGGUUGUAUAAAAAAGAGGUUCUGGAGCAGCUUGUGAAGAAGUGUGUUUCCAAGGGCUACGUUUUUCAGAUGGAGAUGAUUGUCAGGGCCCGACAACUGGGGUACAGCAUUGGAGAAGUUCCAAUCACAUUUGUGGACCGUGUUUAUGGAGAGUCCAAACUGGGUGGAAAUGAAAUAGUCUCUUUUCUGAAGGGGUUGUUAACUCUUUUUGCUACCACUUGAUGCUUUGUCUGAUUACCCAGACUCACCUGGAUUGCCACUAGUCACUUAAUUUGAUUUAAUUGAGUUUUCAUUCCAAACUUCUCUUGCUCCAGUACAGUGAUAACACAGGAGGGAGAUUGUAGUUGAAUGCUGACUCUGUAUGAAAGAUUCAGUAAUCCCAGCUUCUGUCUGUGCCGGAAGCUCACAGUACUGUUCAGAUAGUUGUACCUAAAGACUUGCACUUACACUUUGAACCCUAUUUUGUACUUUUUACCUGAGAUUUACUCAAAGAGUAACUGUGUCAUGAACCCAUAAACAAAGUUACAUUUAUUAUGGACUAUUUUACCAUUACAGAUCACAAAUUCCAUAAUACCAUCACUAGUUUAUGGUCAUAAUCAUAUUUGGACUGAUUUCCUAAAGACUGCUUGAAGUUUGAAGAUAUAAGUUAAUAGAAUUCCAAUCAAAGACACAUCUUUGCUGACCAGUAUGAACAAAACCCAUUUUACAUUUUGCGGUCCUUCCACAUUUUUGUUGCAUGGAAGAUCAGUGUUCGUCUUGUAAUUUACAUUCAGAGACUAAAAGUCCAGUGUGUUUCUUAGGCUUAACAUGAUGUCACAUUGUGUCACACGGUUUGGGAACCAGGUUUUUAAAACCCCUUUGCUCAGUUUACGUCUGCUUUGUUUGUAGUUAUGAUGGCAGGUCUUGGAGGGGAAGCCUUCAUUGUUUGUUAUUGUAUCAAGCACUUCAGUGGAAGAUACCAUUACCCUCUUCAAAUGUAGCACAGCCAUCUUUGAUUAAUGUAAAGCACUAGGAAAUAAAUACAUUAUCACUGAAAACAAUUCAAAAUGGCAAAUCACUGGCAAAUGUGUUAUGUCUGUUCAUAUUUUUUUUCCACUGAUGUACAAUCGGGUUGGUGGUAUGUGCAUUCAGUCCAGUGCUGAGCAAUGACAGGAGAUGAUCUUUGUUGUUUUGAGUCAGAUCCCAGGAGAUAAUUCAUAAUUUAUUUCCUAAAGUCCAAUGGCAACUGAAAGGAAUGUUGAGUGAAGUAUUAUAACAACACUUGAAUUUGAUAUUUGCAUUACAAAUUACGAUUUUAUUUUUUCACCUCUGGAAAGCCAUACAUUUUCUCUCGCCUGAAUGCAUGUGCUGUUCUAGACUUAUUUUUAUGUUUACUUGCAACUUAUUUUUUUCAUUUGAGUACACACUUGGGUAUGGAAAUUGCAAGUAACAUUCUUAUCUCCACAACUCCAUUUAUUCAGGUUUAAUUUACUACAAUGCAGGCAUUAUGAAAAUAUGAUUUGUACUUGCCCCAAGUUUUUUUUUUUCCUUUUCUUUUCUCACAUUUCUUCUAUUGCUCACAUUAAAUGCUGCGUGUUUCACAAAGCAUUCCUCUCCUCAUACACGCAUGUUUCAUUCAACUAUAUCCUGAUCUGGGUCACAGGGAGACCAGGGUCCACAGGGACAGGAUGGAUGCCAGUCCAUCAUUAGGGCAAUUUAGAGAUGCCAAUCAAGCAGGCUGUGUAUUUUUCAAGCGGCUGGAGGAAAGCUACAUGACACAGGAAGAACAUACAAAUUCUGCAGACUUGGUUUGUAAGCAGAAAAAGAAAUGUCAACCCUGAGUUUGACCUGCUGAGUCACUAUGCCAAUGCUCUUCCAAUUCAAGAACAUAACGGAUAGAAGAAAGACAACCGCAUUGUAAGUUAUUAAAAUUCCACAUAAAACGAGACGUAUAAUUAUGUUUCUCAACCUGGUCCUUCGGAACCCCUGGACAGCCCACAUUUUUGCUCCCUGCCGAGGACCAGGUUGGGAGACAUGAGAGGAACUAAAAAGACAGGAAGUUGUAAGGUAAAAUAGCAGUUGGGACAAUAAUAACUUGCUGCCCAAUUCUGAAAAAUGGGCGCAAGUUAUGUGCGUACAGAGUUAGAGCCGUGUUAGUUCAUCCAGUUGUGUUCAUAUACUGUACAUAGAGUACUGUGUAAAAGUCUUAGGUAGUCAAAGCAAAUGAUGUUUAUGAUUUUCAUAUUGGUGUAAAACUGUGGUAUUAUAACAAGUCAAAGUGUGUUAGCCUGACCAUUUCAAAACCUAAAGUCACUCUAGGAUUUCCAGCAACCAUCCAAUACACCACUGUAUUACUAACAUACCAUAUUUAGGUAAUCAAUACUUGAUUGUGUUAUUUAACAGAUUUAAUUUACUUCUUGAGCUGGUGGUGGAAUUUUAAGAAGUACAUGGAAUGGCUGUGAGCUGUUCCUGAGGAGAGGUUUGGGAACCCAAGUAGCCAUCCAACUAUACAUGAAUAACUUAUUGAAGAAUAGUAGAAAUUGCUGUUGGUUUAUAUUAUGUCGAUUAUCUUUUUGCAUAUGUUCUAACGUUAUCCAUUUUUGAAUGCAGAGGAGAAAAACAGGUUAGAGAGUGUGUGUGUGUAUAUUUGUAUAUAUGAAUGAAUGAAUGCAAAGAAAAGAAAAAUUAAUAACUGUAUGCAUGCUUGUUUUAGCUCUCACAUGUCACUGUACUGUCUUUGUCACUGCAGAUUACUGCACCUGUACUUUGUUAGGAUAUUUGAGAUUCUAUUGGUAUAUUUGUAUAUUAUCCCUCCAUGCAAUGUUUCACAUUUUUAAUUCAACAUAUUAGGCCUGCCAGUGUGAUUAUGACUACUUUCUGUACUUACUGUACCUGUAUGAUCUCAUGUUGUAACAUUAUACAAGUGUCUUCUAAUUUAGGUUAUGUUCGUGUAGACUGGUACAUUUUCAAUCAAUUUUAACGUGCCAAGCAUUGCAAGAAGUCCUAAAUUUGUUAUCGGAGUCUUCUGAUUUGGGAAAAUGGGAACCAGGGAAAAUGGGAACCAGACCUUCUAUUGCAUUGUGGGGCACUGUAAAUAAAAAGAGAUGCUUUGUAGAAACACA